GAGUAUGCGCAUCAUUCUGACAAUCACUUUGGUGCUGUUGCUGGACAGUUGCCAGGCCCAGGACUACUGCAAUGCGAAGCUCUGUCCCAACAAACGGAAGCACAUUGCCUGCAAGAAUAAGGGAAGCUUUGCCAGCACUUGCCCGGAGGACGCCAAACUGCUGUCCAUUGAUGCCGAUAACCAAAACCUUUUGCUGCAACUCCACAAUAACUUGCGUCACAAGCUUGCCGGUGGUUAUGGCAAAGUGCGGCUGACAGCCUGCCGCAUGGCCACCAUGCAGUGGAGUCCGGAACUGGCGCGCUUGGCCGAACUGAAUGUGAAACAAUGCGAAAUGGCCCACGAUGGUUGUCGCGGCACAGCGCGAUUCCAGUAUGCCGGUCAGAACAUCUACCAGGCCAGGUACUCGAGAGGCCCGUUCCCCAAAGUAGACAACCUUCUACGAACUGGCUUCCAGAACUGGGUAUCGGAGGAGUCCAAAACCGAAAAGGACCAAUUGAAGAGCUAUCCCAGAUACAACAGUGGGCCGGCAAUUGGACAUUUCACGGUUAUUGCCAACGAGCGAAAUGUGGCCGUAGGCUGUGCGUUGGCCAAAUAUAGAAAGGGGUCCUGGACAACUUUCCUGAUGACCUGCAACUAUGCAGUCACCAAUAUGGUGGACUAUCCUGUCUACUCAGACUGCAAGAAACCUGCCACUAAAUGCAAAACUGGCACAAAUCCCAACUAUAGUGCACUUUGUAGUGUACGCGAGAAGGUCGACUACAAUUUCCAGGACUAGGUCAGAAGCUUUUUUCCUAGCCUAGCAAUAAAACAAGCACUUAUCCACUUCAUACAGCUGUAA